AUGGCUCAGUCCCCUUCCCGGCAGAGCCUCGACUACUGGAUCUUACCUCAAGGCUGGGGCUGGGCCGGCCCCUCGGACUCCACGUCCCCAGCCUCCUCCUCCUCGGAUUCGUCGGGCUCGUGCCCCUGCGACGGCGCCCGCGGUCCCUCGCGGCCCGCACUCCCGGCUCGCGGCGCCCGCGCCGCCGAGGCCGCACAGACGGCGCCGGGACGAGCACGGCCGGGACCCGCCGGCGGGCAGCGGCAGAGCGCCAGCGAGCGCGAGAAGCUGCGCAUGCGCACGCUCGCCCGCGCCCUGCACGAGCUGCGCCGCUACCUGCCGCCGUCGGUGGCGCCGGCCGGCCAGAGCCUGACCAAGAUCGAGACGCUGCGCCUGGCCAUCCGCUACAUCGGCCAUCUGUCGGCUGUGCUGGGCCUCAGCGAGGAGAACCUGCAGCGCCGGCGCCGGCGACACGGCGAAGCGGUGCCCGCACGGGGCUGCCCGCUCUGCCCCGACAGCGGCCCCGCUCAGGCGACGCAUCCGCGCGGCCCGGGCCCGGGCCCAGCCGCCCCCGCCGCGGGGUCCUGGGCGUCCUCGCCUGCCUGCCCCGGAGCCCAGGCGGCGCCCGAGCGCUUGGGGAGCAGGGUCCCUGACGUGGGUCUCCGGGUGACACCCCCUUAUUGCCCCAGGAUGCAGUCGCUCCCGCAAGUAUCCCAAGGGAGAGCCUCGGACGCGGCCCUUUGGACGCUGCCCCCAACCCGUUCCGGAACGCAGACAUCCCCACAGCCCGGGAAUCAGGGCACGCCCUGGACGCCGCCUCCCGCGGCCCCGGAGCUGGCUGCCGCGUACCAGGGUAUCCCUGUGUCUCCAGAGUCCUAUCUGUUGCCAGAAACCCCACCCCUCCUGCCACGCUCAGCAUGCCAGAGACUCCAGCCUCAGACCCAGUGGGGAUACUGGAGCCACAGCGCAGAGAUGCUCCCUGGCUCGGAGGACCAGGGACCGGGCCCCACCCUCCAGUUUAGGGAUGAAAGCCCUCCCCAGAGCUCAGGCCUGCAGCUCAGUGGCUGCCCUGAACUUUGGCAAGAAGAUUUGGAGGGGGGCCACCUGGGCAUCUUCUACUAAAGGCUUUACCUGACCCCCUUUCAGCUGUAGUGUGGGCACCCUCCUCAUUUGCGAUGUCAGUGGUUUUCAAACUUUCCUUUGGCCAAAGAUCCCUUUCCCAAGUGAUAUCUUUCAUGGAAGCAGUGUUUGAAAUAGUUGGUGGUCCCCCUGGCUGGAGUUGGGGCUGGGGCAGUGCCUUCUGCUCCUAGGCACCCCCCAGGGAAACCUGCAGAGCACAGCCGGAGCUGCAGCAAGACAGUAGCUGCUUGACCAUGAAGUUGGCAGGGCUGG